AUGGUCGUCGCCUCUAUGCAGCAUCACCCCCACCACUCGCAGGGUCCUGCGCCGCCUCAGCAUCUCCAGCACCCGCGGCCCUCGAGUAUAGUGCACCAGCAGCAUCAUCAGGCGCCUCCGCCUCAGUCACAGCACCCGUCUGCUUACUCGUCCUAUCAACCCGCCGGGCAGACGCAGGGAAGCCAGCACGGGCAUGCGCAGGAAGGACUUCCAUACUACGCUCAUCCAAGCCCGUACAGCACACCAGGAACGACGAGCGGGUAUCCAGCCGCAGACACCUCCGACAUGAUGGCCGCAGCGCAGAUGCCGAGGCCGUACCCGCCCAUAUACCACACACCACAAUCCAACUCUCCGGCGUCUGUUGCGUCUCCGUCCGGUCAUGACCAGCACCGCAGUCUUUAUGGCGCGGCCGCGCCCUCGAUUCAGCAGCAGCAGUCAAUGUACUACAGCGCGCAACAACCGUAUUCUUCGAUGCCUCAACAGGCCGCUCCUUCGCCCUAUCAGCAGCAUGCGCAGCAACCGCAGCAUUCCAUGACGUCGCAACCCAACAUGAUGAUGUCUCAUCCUGGCUCGCAGCACCCAAUUCAGCAGCACACCAACCAACACGCGCAACAGGGUCUGAACAGCCCGCGUCACACUAAGAUCGAGACGCAGGUGCCUCCGCAGUUGCAAAGACCAGCCUCGGGCCCCCUUGGAACACCCCAGCACAACCAAAACGGUUCAGGACCGCUCUCAACACCAGGUGGCUCCUCGCCCGGUGUCAACCAGAACGCGGCCCCUGGCCCGAUCCCAGCUACCACGCCGCUGGUGGUCAGACAAGAUAAUAAUGGUGUGCAGUGGAUCGCUUUUGAGUACUCGCGCGAUCGCGUCAAGAUGGAGUACACUAUCCGCUGUGAUGUCGAGUCUGUCAACACGGACGAGCUUCCGAGCGACUUCAAGACGGAGAACUGCGUCUAUCCUCGCGCCUGCUGUCCCAAGGACCAGUACCGCGGAAACCGUCUGCAGUAUGAGACGGAGUGCAACACAGUGGGCUGGGCCUUGGCCCAACUCAACCCUUCCCUUCGUGGAAAGCGAGGCUUGAUUCAGCGCGCAGUCGACAGCUGGCGCAACAGCAACCAAGAUCCGCGUCUGCGCAGUCGACGCGUUCGCCGCAUGGCCAAGAUGACCAAUCGAAAGGCGGUUCAGACUCCCCAUCCGUCACACAUGUCCGGCCCCAGUGGCCCGGCAGGGAUCCCCGCCCCAGGCGCCAUGGGCCCCGGUGGUGGAACGGCCAUGGGAAAGCCUGGCAUGAGCAACAUGGGUUCGCAUAUGCACCACCACCAAGGUCACUCUGACGGAAACUCCCAGGGAGGUGAAGAAGUCGGGGAUGGAGAGUACAUGGACGAAGGUCACCACCACCACCACCAAGCCCCAUCCGGCCCCGGUUCCGGUCACGGGGAUGAUGUUCGCCAGGCCCAGGUCUUUUCUGGGUACCCCCAGCCAUACCCUGGCACCUCCGCUUCCGGACCUGGCAUGCCACACUCAUCCCACCACAACGCCAUCGCCGCGCGCCACAGUACCAGGGACGACGACGAAGCUCCGGAAGGCCUGUUCCCUGACAUUCCCGACGCCAAGAAGCGCAAGUUCAUCUUGGUCGAUGACAACAAGCGCGGAGGUCGUCUCCGUGUUCGUGUAACUCUGGAGAAUGUAGACACCAAGGAGAUCCCUGAUUCUUUCCGCAAGAGUUCCUCAGUAUUUCCUCGCAGCUACUUCCCGCGAGAGAUGCAGUCCCCACCACCAAGUGCUACUGGCAGCCGCUUCUUUGAGAAUGAUUUGGAAGACGACGACGUUGAGGUAGAGGGCGGCCGCACCGGACGCUCCAGAGCUGCCGGCCGGGUCAUGGUCAAAGUCCCGUUUUCAGAUGGAUCCGAGGACCAGAUUGCCAUCCCCCGUACCCGCAAGAGCACCCGGGGCAAGGAGGUUCGGUUGAACGAUCUCGGCUAUCGCAUGGCUUGGUUGCAGAGCCGUGUCUUCUCUGGCAGGACUAUCUUUUUGCAGAGAGCCCUUGACUGCUACCGUAACAAGACGCGUAACGCUAUCGAGUCUGUGAUGCAGGAUGUCAAGACGACUGCACCUCACUAUGAGACUCGUGUUGGCAAGCGGAGAUGGAGCGAACGCAUGCGCCAGAGCACCGACAAGCGCGAUGACGAGUAA